GACAAGGUCCUACUUGUCUUCUUUCAGCGGCGUGAAUUCGUUGGUUUCCAGCCGCAGUGCAACUCCUUAUCUCCUUAUUGCACAACAGUCAAGCACCGUAAAGAGAAAAAAGUGCAGGAAGACCUGCUACGUGCUUGAAAAAAUAUCACUGAGAAACAGGUCGGCUUGACAGAGUGUACGCGAAAAGAUUCUUCACCGAGAAGAUGAGGUUAACUUGAUGUGUACAAGGAGCGAGAAGAGAUCAAAAUGGUUGGAAAAAGUGUGGAUAAAGAAUUGUCUUUUGCAGAAAACAUGACGAGAGCAGAAUAAAUCAGAAAUGUAGGCUGUCUUGGUCAUUAGCUCCGGGCAAGCGUUCUUUCAGCUUGGAUAUCCCUGAUCCACGUGAUUUAGCUGUUUCUUUUUUUCUUAAAGUCGUCGAAUCUACUGACAAUGGCCUCACAGAUCUUCAUGCGCGACUGCGCAAGAAGUGACAUCAUGCCACGAGCCAUCUGGGGCCAGCCGCGGAGGGCACCUAUGGCAUUGACGGCAGAGUAUCGAGACCGACCUUUUUUCAUUCAGGCAGCGCCCUCGACAGUUUCGAAAACUGGAGCUUUUGUGUCACGAGCACUUUCAACUGUUGCAGAGCAGACUCAGCGACGAGAUACGGACUCGAGUCGUAAGACAUAUAGAGAGGUCGAUGCUGGAGGAAACACGGCGGGUGUUCCGGACCCAUGCGGGCCAACGCUAUUGGAAGGCAGAGCAGGAGGUGCAGGAGCUUGGAAGGGCGACGAGUAUCUGAUGAUUUCGCGGCAUACGAAGCAUGACCCAGAGUGCGAUGUGGAUAAAAUUUCGAAGCGAGCAAAAAGCCGACGACAACGUCUUCGGCUCGCGACACAGAAAUCUAUCGACAGUAAUGAAAUCGACAACGUCUUUGCCUUUCCGAAGCGCGACCAGUGUGGCUACUCAGUUCGAAAUCUUUCCGGUGACAUCUAUGCAUCGGAGUCGGCGGGAGCGCAUAACAUCUUCCUCUCGGUCGGCUGGUUUUUGCUUUUGCAUCAAGUAGUUGCACCUGGCUCUAUUCCUAGUGGUUUUUUCGAAGAUGGAGGUGGUGAUAAUGCAGCAGCAGUAUUGGAUCCAGCUACCGACGAUCUCGUGGCGCCGGACAUUCCAGCAGCAUUACUAGCCGCUAGUAUUGCGCAGCUUUUCCGCUCUCAUGAAACGGUAUUGCUUGCGGCUGGUUGGCUGGUUGUGCGGUCUCUGUGGUGGGGCAUAUGGAACUGGAGAGCAUGGGCUCUGGUCUUUGCUUUGAAUUAUGUGUGGGGAGCUUGGUCGGGCGGGUUGACUAACAUCGUUGGCUCCUUCCGACGCAGAGCUGUGGAAGUGCAGCUUCGAUCCAUGCUUCUCACAAUAGGCGUGAUUGCAGUACCCUAAUUUGCUUCACUUACUAAGCCCGUUGUAACAUGAUAUUUGUAACCCAAUGGGAUUAUCAUCUCGUGAAAACACAAGCUCAAGCAACCCUCAUUACCAGGUGUGGGAGCAUGAUCGCUACUCUGGGCGAUGCCCAACCGCGGCUUCUCCUUCAAAAUUCGAGCUGCUUACUUUUCAACUUGCGAGUGCUGCCAUUUUGCAUUGCGCAGAACCAGUAACGUCAUGUCUUUUUUGGAGAGAAUGCGGAGUGUGGACUUGCGCGCAGCACUUGCUUCUCAUUUCGUUGUACGCCAGUUCUGGUUCUUGACGAAGUGCGAUCUCUCCUUGUGUGUCGUCAACUUUCUUUGCGGGAGAAAGGCCGGAAUGAUAUUUUUUUUGCAAGCAUAGAUGUAGAGGCACUAGUGUGUCGACAGCGGGGGGUGGUAAAGCAUCACAGCGUUCUUCUAGCGAAACCGCUGCAUAAAGUGGUGUGCAUGGUAUUUUUGUGCGUGUGAAAUUUGAAAGUUGAAAUUUUAGAUCAUCAAAUCAGGUAAAGAAUUUUGAACAGUAGUCACCGCCAUUCAUGCGCGAGGACUACAAGCAGAUUUUAAGAAUAAAGUCCACCCACGCUUCUGCAGUGAUUGGUGUAGGAAACAUCAUAAUGUACUAGACCAGAGUAAUGAACAGGAUAUAAUCGCCUUGAAUGCACUAGCAAACCAAAAUGCAAUUCCAAUUAUGAGCGUACUAGAUGAAGCAGUGCCAGUGGGAGGCAGUUCAUGGGAUUAUGUACAGUACUUUUGGCAAUUCGAAGAAUAUAUAAGCCUAAAUGUCUUUCCUGUAUAUCUGUAACUAGGCAUGUCAUCUAGAUUUUUCCAUAUGGCUCAGUAGCCGUGUUUCGCUAUUUAUGGUAUUUCAUUGAUCCAAAUGCCGCGUUGGAAUUGGAUCAUCAGUUUCCCCAAGUUUUUGUUGUAAGAUUUUGUCUGUUGUUUCUGCCAAUAUUCGAAUUGGAUACGGGCACGUCCAGCCACAUCGUCAGUAUCAUCAUGAUGUCUAACUUUUGCCAACAGAAGAGGACUAAG